AAAUAUUAUUAGUUAUCUCGUCAGUUUCUAGAAUUAUAUCAUUGCUAAAGCUGCUUGUAAGAAGCCACAAGUUAUCAACCUUUCCCGACUUUUCAUCACCAACCAUGUCAGAUCCUUUCGCUAUAUUCGACAAGACAGAUCCAACCACGCCUGGUUAUUAUGGACCCUCCCAGACAGCCUUACUCCUUCUAGAUUUCCACUCCAUGAUUGUCCAAAAAGCCGGUGGACCGAAGGCCCUUGCGGCCCUUCACGUAGCGGCCAGCAUGAGGGCCUGGGCCAGAUCGCAAGACAUCCAGGUAGUCCAUGCCCUGAUAGACUUAAACACAUCGACGUUUGAGACGUGUCGGGACGCUGAUAAGCUUAUGGAAACGGUCGCGAGCGCGAGGUCAAGCGGUGGCGAAGAGGCUAUCGAACUAUCCGAAGGUAGCAGCGACGAUGUCACAUUUACCCGCAAGCCCGGCCAUGUUUCUGCUCUUCGAUCCCCCGGUCUAGACGAAUUCUUGAGGCAAAAGGGCAUCAAAUCGCUAGUACUUGCCGGCCUAAGCACAUCCGGGUGCGUGCUGAGGACUGCCGUUGCAGCUACCGACGCCGAAUACGUCACUACAGUCAUCUCGAACGGCUGUGCGGAUCCGGAUGAGGCUGUCCAUGAUAUUAUGAUUAAUAAGAUUCUUAACAAAAGGGGAUAUGUCACUACUGCCACUGAGUUCCAAGACGGGUUUAGAAAGGCCCAGGGAGUAGAAUGAAACGACUGCGUACCAAGACCCUUUUAGAAACGUUUCUUAACAAGUAUCCGUGCCUCGAAGAAUGAAUUUCACCGGGUCUGAAGAGGACUCCCCUUAUUAAAUCUAUCAAAAUGAAGGCUACGACUGCCUAAGGCCGCCUAACUAGAGCGAGGAGGAUCAUACAGGGG